CAGAGCGUCUGGGUUGCUAUGCAGCAACCAUCGUCUUAACAGCAGUUGUAAACCCGUGAACGCGCGGGAGGGGCCAGCUCUGACCGUCCAGCUUCUCGCUGCGCGGGAGGGCUUCAGCGAUGCGAGGCCGUGAUACGCGUGGAGCUGGGCUGCCCUUCAAAUGGUUGCUGCUGGCUUUGGUGGUGGUCCAUGCUGUGCACGGCCAGGAUCCCGGGCAGGGGCAGGACGCUCCCCCUGCGCCCCCUCCUGACCCCUCUCCCUCUCCACCUCCCUCUCCCGCCCCCGCCCCCACCUAUUCCUGCGACCGUAUGGACCGCGUGCCCCGCGCCGAGCGCUGUACAUUUGUACGGGAGCAGUGUGAGAGCGACAGCCGGCUGCCGUACUCGGAGUGGUACUACUGCAGUGUGGCGCCGCACGGGGCCUUCGCCAGCUUCCUGUUCACGCUGUUUCUGGUCGCGCUGCUGCCGCUGCUGUUCACGCUGCUGGGCGACACGGCGGAGAUCUACUUCAGCCCCAUCAUGACCCACGUGGCGCAGUGCAUCCCCAAGAUGAGGCCCAGAUUCGCGGGGGUGACGUUCGUGGCCAUCGGCAACGGCGCUCCCGACCUGUCCUCCAACAUCUCCGCCAUCCGCAACGGCGACUGGCUGCUCAGCACCGGCGCGCUCACGGGCGCAGCCAUGUUCGUGCAGUGCGUGGUGGCCGGCGAGGUCAUGCGGGUGUCGGGCGGCCCGGUCAAGUGCCGUGGCGCCACGCUGCGUGACGUGGCCAUAUACAGCGCCUCAGUGCUGCUGGUGCUGGCGAGCUUCGCGGCGGGCAGGAUCACGCACUGGUUCAUCGCGGGCGCCUGUGUGCUGUACCUCACGUACGCGCUGUGGGUGUUCGCGGGGGACGAGUGGCACGAGCGAGGGCGGCCGCACGCACGCACGCUGUGGCGCAGCCUGCGGGACACCUGGGACGUAUGGUUCGGGGCCUGUCAGGAGCCGCAGGGGCUGCCGUGGGCGGCUGUGGAUGUGGGCGGGCCACUGAGCCCAAGAGUGUCAGGGACCGAGCUGCUGCUGCCGCUGGUGGCUGCGGGACGCAGUGACUCGCUAGGUUGGGCAGCAGCCCCGGGCGCAGCCACGGGGGCAGGGGCAGGGCCGCGGACAACCUUACCGGAGCCGCGCGUGCGCUCCCCGGGCGCCAGACCACACCAGACCCACCACCACCACCAUCUCAUGAGUGCCAAGGCCUACCAGACUAUGGUCUGGGCAGACCUGAGUCCGGAGAACCCCAGCGGGUCGAGCUCGUCUCGAAGUCUGGCGGCGGCAGGGGGAGCUGGCGGCGGGGAGGAUGAGGAACAGGGCCUGCUCAGCCGCCGGCGUGGCGGGCGCAAGGGGCGGCGGCAAGGUGGCGGCGGCGGUGGAGGCGGCGCUGCUAGCAGAGGGCCCGGGGCUCGGGGCCCGGCGGGGUCCACGUUGGAGCUUGGGCCGGCGGCAGGGUACGCGCCCCCUGCACUCUCGCCGUCACCUCCACCCAUGUCAUCCGCCACAGCAGCACCGCCGUCCGCCACAGCUGCAGCCGCAGCACGCCUAGGCUCCAGCGGCGGCGGCUCUGGCCUGCUCACGCUGUCCUCACUCGACGGCUCGGCCCUAGCCGCGCCCGCACCAGUGGACGCCGCGCCGCACUGGGGCUCCGCCGCCGGCCUGGCGGCUGCCGGCAGCAUCACCCACAACACCCGCAGCAACAGCGCGGGUGGUGGUGCGGGCCCUGGCAGUGCGGCAGGAGCGGACGGCGGCGUAGCGCGCAAGGCCUCGCUUGCACCCAGUGGCGGCAGCGGGCGGCUGGCGGGCUCGGGCUCGGGCUUCGCGGCGGACCCGUGGAGCAGCGGCCUCACUCCGGCUGGGUCGGGGCUAGGGCCGGGAGCAGGGCGGGGUGGCGCGGGGUCGGAGGAGGGGUCGUAUGUGGGGAGCGAGGUGGAGGAAGACGACGAGGAGGGCGCGGACGCGUAUGACCGUGAGGCGGCGACGGUGGCGGCGCGGGAGGCGCGGCGGCGGCGCAGCCGGCAGGGUGAUGAGGAGGACGAGGAGGGGGAUGGGGCCAGCAGCUCGGAGGCGGGAGGGGACAGCGGCGUGUCGUCGCGGGAGGCGGGGCCGCCGCGGGAGCUAUGGGCCCGUGUGCAGUACGAGCUGACAGUGGGCAACAGCAUCGAGUGGUCUGACCUGCCGCCCGAAUCGCUGCAGCGGCGCUGGCGCGAGCUCACCUUCCCGCUCCUGCUGCCCGUGUACUUGGCAUUGCGCCUCACCAUCCCCUUCGCUGACCCAGCCUCCUACUCCCGCCGCUGGCUGUUGGCCACCUGCGCCGCCGCGCCGCUGCUGGCGGCGGUCUACCUGGCGCCCUCGGCGGCGGCUGCACUGCCAAUGAUGAUUGCGGCGGCGGUUGCGGGCGGCGCACUGGCGGCGGCGGUGGGCUACUUUACCGCAGGCGAGGAGGACGCGCUGCCUGACUGGGACGUGCUGGGCACCGGCUUCGCCUUCGGCCCCGCCGCCUUCGCCGUGUUCGGCUUUUUCAUGGGCGUCAUCUGGAUCGACACGCUGGCCUCCGAGGCGGUGGGCGUGGUGGGGCUGCUGGCGGGGCUGCUGCGUGUGCCCGCCUCCGUCAUGGGCCUCACGCUGAUGGCCUGGGGCAACAGCCUGGGCGACUUCUUCGGCAACCCGGCAAUGGCGCGUCGCGGCCAGCCCACCAUGGCGCUGACCGCCUGCUUCGCCGGGCCGCUGUUCAACAUGCUAGCAAGCCUGGCGCUGGGGUUCGGGAGCUACUUUGCGAGGAAGCAUGUGAGCUCGGCGGAGGUGAUGCUGCGGCCGGAGGUGGCGCUGGGCUGCGGGUUCCUGUUGUUGUAUAAUGCCGCGGUGGCGGCGGCGGGGCUGCUGAAUGGCGGCAAGCUGCCGGAGAGGUUCUACGUGUUUGCGAGGGGCUGGUAUGGACUGUACUUUGUGGCGGCAUGUGUGCUGGGGCUGGCGGCGGGGCAGGGCGACGCGUGAGGGCGUAAGGCCAGAGCGUAAGGUUUGUGUGCGUAAGAGUACAAGAGUUUGUGUGUGGUGAGAGCGGUGGUCGGUGGAGGCGCGUGGGUGCAGGCACAUAGCAAGCGAGGAGGACCGAGCCUGCGUGUGUAUGCCAUGUGCUUAAGCUGUGCGGGAGUGUCGGUAAGGUCAUCCGCGUGUGCAAUCACAGUGCACGGCAUGUGUGGAGCUGUUGAUUAUGACAACGACAUGCCAA